AUGCCUCCCGACCAGGUGAUCGUCAGUGACACGAAUCGGACGCCCAUAGUUCAUAUCAUCACGUGGAUCGCUUUGGCCACUAGUGUGCUUGCGUUCUUUGCGCACGCAGGCCUGAAGUUGUACAUUUCAAGAUCACUGAGCUUGGAGAUUGCAGCAGGAUUUUUCGCAUUAAUUUUCUCUGCUGCGCAAUCACUAGCAGUAUAUUUUCAAGCUGCAAAUGGGUUUGGAAAGCCACUAGAUUCACUAAGUCCAGGGACGGUUCAGUCGCAGUUCAAGGCCGAAUAUGCAGCCACCAUCCUUUUCAUCCUGGCGAUGUGUCUGUCGAAACUGGUCAUUGUUGCAUUCAUCAGGAGCUUAUCGCCAAAAGCUAUCCAUCAUCGCAUUGACAAGGUGUUGGCAGGAAUGUCUGUUCUAUGGACAAUCGGAUCAGUUUUCUCCAUCGCGUUCGCAUGCGGGAUGCCUCAGCCAUGGGAUAAACUAUCUGGAAAGUGCUUCAGUCGACUCAAUUGGUGGUAUGCGGUCUCUGCGUUUAACAUCGUUACUGAAGUAGGCCUGAUUGGACUCCAAUCUGCGAUAGCAUUUGAACUGCAAUUGAAGCGGGCGCGAAAGAUCACAAUCAUUAGCAUCUUCUUAUGUCGAGCAUGCGUUCCGAUUGCCAUUAUUCUCCAUCUCAUCUACCUUCACCGUGACAGCACCGGACCGGUUCGAGGCGAUCUCUCUCUCGGCUACUGGCGUUCUGCUGUGUGUCAACAGUCCGUCCAAAGUCUCGCUAUCGUCACGACUUCUCUCCCCUAUGCGAAGAUGUUCCUGCAAGGCCUGGACAGUGGUAUGAUCCGCAUAGACGAUACACGGCGGCGCGGGGAGAACUAUUCCAAAGGCAGCAGCGGCAGAGCCUACGCACUGCUCGACAUAUCGAGUGACGGUACCAAACAAAGACAGGCUAUAGAGGAACACAAGACUGAAUCUGAACAUACUCCAAACACCGGUAUCAGCCAGACCAAGACCUGGAAAGUCGAGAGGGAACUUGCAGUUGAAGGUGAGCUAUCUCAUAAGGAUAACUUGGGGUUGGCCGUCUCAGAGUUGGAGUAA